AUGCCCUUUACGGCCAAUGCCAGAUCACCCACAGUUACCAUGCCCAGGAUCAAGUCCAUGACCACUGGUUCUAUCCCUUCCUUUGUUGAUCUCAUCUUGAACUUUGACGAGGCCGACACCUCGUCGACUCUUGCUUCUCAGGACACCUGGGUUGCUCAGAUCAAGGCCAGGGAGAUGGGCAAGGCCCUUAUGUACGGCGAUGACACCUGGCUGAAGCUAUUUCCGAACACAUUUGACCGCGAGGAUGGAACCUCUAGCUUCUUUGUCGCGGACUUUACUGAGGUGGACAACAAUGUCACUAGGAACAUUGCUGGUGAGCUGGAGAACAAUGAUUGGGGUCUCAUGGUCCUCCAUUACCUUGGCCUGGAUCAUAUUGGCCACAAAGCAGGACCCAGGAGCUCCAACAUGGUUCCCAAGCAACGCGAGAUGGACGGUAUCGUCCAGACCCUUUUCGAGGCCAUGCAGUCCAAGCCUCAUCUGGACUCGACUCUCCUCGUGCUCUGCGGCGAUCACGGUAUGAACGACGCUGGAAACCACGGUGCUUCCUCGCCGGGCGAAACAUCUCCCGCCUUGGUCUUCAUGUCCCCCAAGCUCAAGACCAUCUCCUCCAAGCUCUCCGCACCGGCUCAGCCCAAGGAUGAGUUUAACUACUACUCUAUGGUCGAGCAAUCCGACAUAGCGCCAACCAUUGCCGCUCUCCUGGGCUUUCCCGUGUCCAAGAACAACCUCGGGGCCUUUAUCCCUGACUUUCUUCCUUUCUGGCCCAAGACGAGUGACAAGAUCCAGAUCCUGGUUCGCAAUGCUCGACAGAUCCUCAACAUUGUCACUGCUGCCUUUGGGGCUGAGCUCUUUGAUUCAGAGAGCAGUUCUGACCCAUGUGCUUUGGAAAAGACUGAGAUCAAUGAACUUGCUUGUCAAUGGCGCAAGAUCAACAAGGAGGCUCAUGUUCUCGCUGCCGGCAAUAAGGUGGACCAGGAGUGGCUCGACGCCAUGUCAGAAUGGCUUCGUCGUGCUCAGGAGUUGAUGAGCAGCAUGGCCUCCAACUACGAGAUGCCCAAGCUGUACAUUGGUCAAGCAAUCGCUGCGGUUUCUGCUAUUGCAAGCGGCUUGGUGGUCUUUAAGCUUGGAGCACAUCGACAAGGACCUCUGCUCCCUUACGCUCUUCUCACGCUGUCGUAUGGAGCCAUGAUGUUUGCGAGCAGCUACGUCGAGGAGGAACAACAUUUCUGGUACUGGACUAGCUCCAUCUGGCUGCUUCUUCUGGGGGUUCGACACAUUCGAAGACUCAACAGCUUGCAAGACAUUGGCUGGCUAUUCAUCUCCCUCGCCGCCCUUCGAAUAACCAGAGCCUGGAACCAAACAGGCCAAAAGUUCGCUGGAAGUCCUGACAUCGUCAAGAGCUUCAUCGUCACACACCCUCAGCUCCUCUGGUCUCUCCUCAUCUUCUCGUACAUGAUCCUCUCGUUCCGCAUGCUCGCCCGUCUCAAGAGCCUACCAUCCAUGACCAGCACCGCCCUCACCUCGGUCCUUCUGAUGAGCGCCUUUAGCUUCAAGCUUGACUUUACCAGCGAGGACGCGCCAGAGCUUGUUGUUGGGUUCGCAAAGGGCCUUAAUGAUCUGUUUCAGGGGCAGUCUCUGCUCUGGAGGGCGAGAACUGUUUUCAUCAUCCUAGCUAUCUUUUCGGCGUAUGGAACAUAUCGCUCCUUCACUGGUGGUCGUAAUGGUCAGCUGCAAUCAGCUCAUCUAUUCCACCAUCUCCUCACCCUCCUAGGCAUGACCCAGUCUCGCGCCACAAACAUCCCCCUAUUCCUCCUCUCCGACAUCAUCUUCCACUCCCUCCAGGCCGUCGACAUGUCGGUCCCCGAGAUCGCCACGACAACCAUCCUCCUCCAAUACGCCACCUUCUUCGCCUUUGGCGGCUCCAACGCCAUCUCAUCUGUCGACCUCUCGAGCGCCUACAACGGCAUCAGCGGUUUCAACGUCGUCGCCGUUGGCGUCCUCACCUUCGUCAGCAACUGGGCCGGCCCCCUGUUUUGGUCCUCGGCCGCGAACCUCUUGCUGCUUCGCAAGUACCACGAGGGUCGUCGUGAUGCCUUUGUGCAGUACAUCUCCCUUCAGACCCUCUUCGUUGCCGUCAGCGCCGCGUUUGUCAUGGUGGCUUGCACGGCGCUUAGAACACAUCUCUUCAUCUGGACUGUGUUCUCGCCCAAGUACCUUUACUGCAUGGCUUGGAGUCUUGGACAGCACCUUUUGAUCAACAUUGCCUUUGGAGGCCAAUUGUUUUGGCACGGCUCGCGCGGAUAGACAGUAGGAUAUACACUCACAUCUUGGUGGUAAUCCAAGACUCAAUCUAUACAUGUCAUGAGAACAUCGUCACAUUGUUGACAAUCAGUGCAAUCAAAACACGCAUAAAUAG